ACGAUGAACGGCUGAUCGGUAAUUGAGAGAAGUAUUCAUCUAGUAGUCAAAACUUGUACUGUUUUUGACUACGAUGAACGGCUAAUCAUUCAGUGAGAGAAGUAUUUAUACCAAUAGCAUUCUGGUCGUUAACAACCAGUAACAUCAGACUGUUUCACUUCUGGCACAGUCCAAGUUAUGUAUAUGUACCUGGCCUGAAGGAAUAUUACUUGUUUCUUACAACUCAAACUAAACAAUAGCACGGAAACUUCUUCUCCACACAGUUUGUCGUUAAACAAUGGAAUUAUGACGGCCACAUGUGGAGCUGUGUAAAUCAUAUGAACUGUGUAUAGUGUAAAGUUUAUUUUGGUGAUAUACUAGUUGGACAUAUUACACUAAUAUAAGUACAGCUCGGAAUUAAACUAUGAGGUUUGAAACCAGUUUUAUGUUUAUUUGGAUGUAAUAAUGGGUGUGUGUUAUAGCAGUCAGAAUGACUAGUAAACAAACCAUGAACUACCUGUUUUAUGUCGGAGUUUUAGUACCUACCAUAAUUACCGUCAUAUUAUUCGUUGUCUUCAUGGUGUGCUUAAAACGGAUUAAAGCACGACGCGAUGUGCUAUACAAAAAACACGAUCCCCAUGGUCGUAUGAGAGAACUUGGAAUACCCUUUGUGCCACCACCUCCACCUAAAUUUGAGAAUUUACCGCCGCGUAUUCAAGUGGAUAGGGAUGGUGCCGAUAAUACUGGUUAUCAAGUUAGUCGAAGUCCCUCCACAGAAAAUGAAAGUGCUGCAAACAACCCUAAAGGUGCUCGUCCAAUGUAUAAUGCAUGUCCCGAUAGCGGCAUGUCGGGACUUAGUGAAGUGACCACGUGUAAAGACAGACCUCGAUCUCAAGCAUCACAUAGUUCUACCGAUUCGGAAGAUUCAGGAUUUCGUAGUUCGCGAUCUGGACAAUAUCUUCCUGGUGCCAAUCAAUCGCAAGAUGUUCCAUUACUCAAACCGAUCAAAUCAAAUCGUGACUCUGUGUUAAGCCAAUCUGUGAGAUUUUCAAAAUGUGAACGGACACCAACGAAGCACUUAGCCCAUGAUGAUCUCGCGAUAACACCAACUUGUACAAUAUCCAACAACAAAAAUCAAAUUAACUUAAAUGACAUACAAGUAAGCAGCCAUCUUAGUUGGCAAUAUUUACAAAAUUUAUCUAUGAGAAAUCAACCCUGUCAACAUCAAAACCAUCCCCCUCAACAACAAACUUUUACGAUGGCACAAAUCCAUCAACAAACGCCAAAAAUACAGGAACAACCUGAAAGUGACUUUGGAUAUUCUGUGGUCUGAUCCAAAACGGAAUGUUGAAACUAAUUCCCAUUGAAGACAUUCCUUGGAUUAAAUGUACUAGUCUUAAAGUGUGUGAUGAAUUCCUACAGGAGUUACUGUGAACUGUUAUCUAUUGUGAGGAAGAGUAUGUUGUAUAUUAUUACGGACCAAAGUCAUCAAACAGUACUCUUUUAACAUAUAAUGUAUGUAUAUUAUUAUUGGCUAAGAACUAACUCUCAAAGAGUAAUUUCUAUAGACGAUGUUAUCCAGUAAUAAGUAUUUGAAUUAAUGUGUAAGUGUAUAUAUUUGUUGUUAUAGUUUUUGUAUAAGAAUUAAAACCACACAGUAUAUGUAUAAAUGUCCUGUUAUUUAAAAGACCCAGUAAAAUAAUAUUAUAUAUUUUCUAAGAGAAAUUUACAUGGGGUGUACAGAUAAACACUUUACUGUAUAACAGGGUACGAUAAAAAAAAAACUUUCUGAUUGUGAUAAUCUUUCAACUACUGAAAUAAAAACAGCCAUGCACGUUACAAGAAUCCCAAAAAUAAAUAUCAGUGUUUUUGGUCAAGACGUUUACAUACGGUGUGUACAGAUACAUGCUUUACUGUAUAACCAGAUACGAAAAUUAACUAAUUGUAAUAAUCUACUGAAAUAAAAACAGCCUUGUGUUACAAAAAUACCAAAUACAAAUAUCAAGAAUGUUUUUGAUCAAGACCUUUACUCAUACGCUUAAAAGUAAAAAUAAACAUACAAGACAAAAUUAGGAGUGCACAUUAAUGCAAUUUCAUUCAUUAAACUUUACAAGAAAAGUGACUCUUUCUGAUAAUACAGUAUAAGCACGUUGAUUAUUGAAAACUGUUCAAGAUAAUUAAUGCCCAAUAACUGGAUUUGUUAAAAUGAAAAAUGAGAUAUCUAAUUGUAUCUGAAUGUCAGCAAGCGUGGAUUAAGCCAUGAGAAAUUUUAUAUUUUAGCGAAAAUGUGUAUGAUGCAUCAAGCCUUUAACACAUGAAAAAUUUUCCUGAUAAUAUUCGGAGGUAGAUUAUUUUAAACGUUUCUAAAUAAUGCCCUUGACUGCAUUUCUACUUUCACCUAAAUGUCAACCAUCAGAUUAAAAAAUAAUAAAUGUUUAUUUGAAAAUUGCUACAAGUAUAUAAUGAAGAUGAAUAUGUAUUAAAAAAAUACUUAUCUUUCACACAUUCAUUACCCAACCCUCGGGUAUAUAUAUACAGAUUGAUUAACUGUAAACUUUUACGCUACAAAUUACGGAGACAACUUAAUGAUACAAGUUCUUCAAUCAAUGGAGAAAAAAAACAUUUGAUUGAUGAAUGAAUUACACAUCGAACAAAUUUAAUGUCCAGUUCGCGGAUAAAGAAGGAAAAGACUCGCCAAGUUAAAAAAAUAUCUGAAGUUUUUGACAAUGACUGAUAUGCCAAUUUCUAUUAUAAGAUGAAAUCUUGCUGUAGUAAUCCAGCAGUUUUCCCAUCAGUUUUAGGACAAUUUAAGAUCGAACACGAAAAUGCAAUUUCCAUAUUCAAAUCAGUGGAUAGUUUGGUUUUAUUUCAGUAGUUGUAAAUAUACGGCAAUGAAUCUCGUAUAUUUGAACCUUAUGUCAAUUCUCUUCGUCUAUCUCUCUAUCACAGAAUCUUUUGUUUUUUUGUUAUUUUGUAA